AGAUUAAUCCUGAGGAUUAAAAUGGAGAAUUAAGUCAAAAGUGAGACCAAGAAGUCAGGAAGUCGGUAAGGGAAGUUUGGUGGUUUCUUGCGUCACAGAUGCUCACUGGGGCUGCUUCUUGUGCCGGUGGAGUGAACAAGGCCACAAGCAUCCAGCUCUGGGGCAACUGAAAAAUUUUCAGUAAAGUCAGAUUUGAGUGAAAUAUGAGAUUUACAUUACAGUGAUACAGAAUGUAGCAGAAGCACAAGUGUGUAAUAAACCCAGUAAAAGUUUGUUAGAGCUCAGGUCCAAAAAACACUGCAUAUUCCAUAUAAUCAUCAUCAUGAGUGGUUUUGGUGUCACAUAUCACUAAGAGCACAACAGCAAAUACACACACACACACACACACACACACACACACACACACACACACACACACCUGGAUGUAAAACUGGUGGUUGAAGCGGUGCAUAAUGAAGAGAGGACGAAAAAAAUAUGGGAAUAAAGAGAAGGUGUUUGGCUGUGAUCUGGUGGAGCAUUUAGCUGCGACCAGUCAAGAAAUUCCUCAUGUACUACGCAGCUGCAGUAUAUUCAUUGAAGAGAAAGGCAUCGUUGAUGGGAUCUACAGGUUGUCUGGAGUGUCAUCCAACACACAGAAACUAAGGUCAGAGUUUGACAGUGAGGGAUCUCCAGACCUGUAUAAAGAUGUGUAUCUGCAGGACAUUCACUGUGUCAGUUCCCUCUGUAAGGCGUACUUCAGAGAGCUGCCCAACCCACUGCUCACAUACCAACUGUAUGACCACUUUGCUGAAGCCGUGGCUGUUCAGUUAGAGGAUGAGAGAUUGGUGAAGAUCAAGGAAGUGCUGAAAGAGCUGCCACAGCCCCAUUUCCGAACUCUGGAAUAUUUGAUGAAACACUUAGUCCGAAUGGCUAAAUAUUCUCAUCAGACCAACAUGCAUGCCAGAAAUCUUGCCAUUGUGUGGGCUCCCAAUCUCCUCAGAUCGAAAGACAUUGAGGCAUCUGGUUUUAACGGCACUGCAGCUUUCAUGGAGGUCCGCGUCCAGUCCAUUGUGGUGGAAUUUAUUCUGACUCAUGUGUCUCAGCUGUUUCCUGAAUCGGAUCUUGAACCAGGAUCAACUGCAGAGCGCAGGAAGUCUCUCCCUUCACCAUCCAUACUGGCCAGCCAGGAUGACCACUUCUUUAAGGCCUUGCCAUAUCCAGGCAACAUAAGUCCUGGAGACGGUCCUCCGCCCAUGAGACCUUACCAUGCCAUCAUUGAUGGCACAGACAAGAGGAAGGGAUCAUUAAAAGGCAGAAAAUGGAAAUCUAUCUUCAAUUUAGGCGGGAGACUCCAUGAUCCUCGCAAAAAGAAGUAUGCACCCAAGGAGAAAGAGAAGAACACUCUAAGACCUGCUAAAAGUAUGGACUCUUUGAGCUCAGGACCUUACUCACAGGAAGAUUCCAGGCACGGUUCUCCACACCUAUCUCCUUUAGCCAUGCCUUCUGGAACUGCAGAAGGUGGGACUUCCGGGAGUGGGGGUGUAUCUAGUGGAUAUGCGGUGACAUACAGGCGCACGGGUGGGGCUAGUGUGAGCAUGGUGAGCGGAGGGGGCGGGGCUCAGGGUACUUAUAGGAGCCUGGAUCCAGGGGCCGGGGCCAACACAGAAAAAUCACAAUCACCGUGUCAAGUGACGCCUAGCAAAGCAGAGCGUCGUGCAGGAAUGCACAUUUCUGGGCCUUUUUCAGUGACUGUUCCACUUCACAUAACCUCUGGGCUGGCACUGGGGGUAUUGCAUGGAGGCAGAACUGAGGAGGAAGAGCCGAGGCAGGGGCAGAAUGAGGAAGUACAGACGAAGAAAGACAAAGAAGAGAAUCCUGAAGAGAAGGAAACAGAAAUGGAUGAAGGGAAAGUUCAAACAGAUAGGAAGACCGGAAGCCUGAAUGACAACAAGGAAAACAAGAUGGAUAUCUUGAGUGAAGAAGAUGUGGGGAAAGAAGUUAAAAGGGAAGACAGAGCGUCAGAGGAGGCCAGGUCUGAGGAGAGGGGAGAGUCUGGAGAUAAAGGCAAAGAGGAUCAAUAUUCGAUUGAGGAAGAUGUGUCAAAUGAGAGACAACAUGCCACAAAUAGACCUUCGCUCAAUGAAGACAUAGAUGGACAAGACUACAUGGUCAUGAAAGGAGGAGUGGCACAGUAUCCUAAAGGAGAUGGGGGUCAAAAUGAGGGCCUCAAUGUCCCAUGUCAGGAAGAAGAAGAAGACCCUGACCAUGAGCUGCCUCUGGAUUUCCAGGACACUUUUGGAUUCUUGGACCUGAUGGAUAUGCCCACCUCAAAUCAGCUAAAUGAGUUCUCAGUGGAGCCCCCUGCCUUUGAAAUGGAAGAGGAUGAAGAGGAAGAUAAUCAGAGUCCAUCACAGAGCUACCCUCAUAAGGAAACCUCCUUGCCCGCUCACAUAAGCAUGCCACUGCCAAACAAAUCACACAGCCUUCCUUAUAAAUCCUAUCCUUUCCAGCCAGUUCUAUCCUUUUCCUCUGAUGAAGAUUGUUACUCAGGGCCUAGUGAUGAUGUAGAUAGCAGUGAUUUGGACAAGGAUGAAUAUGAGGACAUGUUCAUUAAAAGUUUACCUUCUGAGUCCCAUUUUCAGGGGUUGAACUGGACAGGUUUCGAAAACAUCACAUUAGACUCUAAGAGCAAUGUAGAUUCUCACAGUACGAACCAGUCCGAGUGUUUAAAUGAGACUCACACCGUACCCGAGGACAUUCAAGAUGCACUCCCUGUGAGUCUAUCAACUGAUAUGGAAAUGAGAGCCAGUAAUGCUGUUGAUCAGUGCUUAAAUGAAGAGGAUCUCAGCCCACUUCCUUUCGAGACAGAGCAUUUUAAUGUGGAGAAGAACAAGAAUGAAGACAGAAGCAUAGAGAAUGAUGGAGAAGAUCAAAGUGGCUCAGAAGAGCUUGGGAAUGUAAAUGAACCAAUUCAAGAGGACAAUAAAAAGAUGGAAAGUACUGACAGCAAAGACGAAACACUCACCUGCAGUCACAAAGACAGUCGUUCCACAAAAGAUGAAAACCAAGAGGACACUUAUUUUCAUCCAAACCCACCUUCUACCACAGUGGAAACAAGCAACAGUGGAACUCUUGAGGCAUCCUGUACAACUCAUCCUGUUAUCACUGAGGAAUCCGCAAGCUCUGAUGGUCUACAGGAGAGUACUGAUAGCUGUGUUGACAUUGCGUUGACAAGGGAGACGAUAAUAGACGUGACAACCCCUGAAUUACAGAUCACUCAAAAUAAAACUGAGACUGACAAACUCGCAGUGAAAGCAGAAAUAAUCCUCCAAGAAGAGACAGAUGGGAAUGAGCUAGAAGGUGUGGUGCUGAGUGAGGAAAGGGAAGUUGGUGAGAAGGGAGAGGUGGAGAGAGACGCAAGGGAGACAGAAGAAAAUACAAUUAUAAAGGAAGAGAGUAUGGAAAGUGAGCACACUGAGGGAGAGAAGAAUGUUGAGGGUCCUACAAAUCAGGCAGAUAUAGAUGAGAUGGGAAAAAGGAAUGAUAUGGUUCCAGAAGAGGAUCAGACUUAUUUAGAGAAUAAGAAGGAAGAUGAAGAUGUUGAAAAGCAGAAGGAAGACAGUGACAGAAGGGAAGAGAACGAUCAACAAAUGGAGGAGGAUGACGUAGAGGAGGAAAUUGAGGCUCAGAAUAACUGUUAUUUAGAAGGCGUUGUAGAACUAAAAGAGGAAAGUGUUCCUGAAGAGCUGAGUGAAGAAGAUGACAGGCUUUUUGCGGAUACCAAUGAACGACAGAGUGACAAUGAGAAGGACAGCAUGAGAGAAGAGAAACAUGAAGAUCCUCCUACAUCAGAUAGGGAGAGACCACUGAGACCUCCAAGAAUGAAAGAUAGAGAUGGAGGAAGAGGUACAGGGUUUGGGCGAGGCAUGGGCAGGACAGUGAUUAUAUCCAAACACAAACUGUACCAAGUGAAAGCCGUUCCCGUUGUACCACCUAAACCACAGUAUUCCAAAAUCACAGCUUUUAAACAACAGUUUCAACAGAGAGACACUGAAAGACAACAGAAACCCUUACAGCCUACAUGUCCUGAGAGACAACAUGCAGACAGAGGGCUUCCAAAGAAAGAAACCGAAAAUGAAGAAGACCAACAUGUAGAAAUAGAGGACGUAGCACAAAACCAUGACUAUCACAACACAGAGCAAGAAAAAGGAACAGGGACAGACGGGGAGACGUCUAAGGAAAACCAAGCAGGUCAGGUCAAAAAACAGCUGAAGGACACAAAGUCGUUCCAUAGUUUGGAAGGAGAGAUAGAACAGGACAAAGAAGAACAGAAGCAAAGGAGAGGGACAUGGGAUGGAGGGAGUUUGAGAAAGGAUGGACAGAAGGAUUUAGACAAGGAGGCAGUAAAAACCAGCGGCAUUAGUAUGUGCUUCGAUGAAGCUGUUGCAAGGGCAACAGGUAAAAGAUGCAGAGAGAAGGAAUCCAUAGAAAAAGACAAAUUCGUUGAUUUACAGUGGGAAAGGAGUGAGCAGAAAGAGGGACUGAGCCAGAGAAAGAAAGAGGAGGAAGAAGAGAAAACUGACUGACAUUUAAAAGUGUAUGAAUGUGUAAAAUAAGAUGUUUAUAGACUUUUAUCUUUUCUUUUUUCUUUCAAAUUUGACAUAGGCUAAGUAAACUUAAAAAAAAAAAAAAAAGGGCAAACAAACAUUUUUAUUCUCACAGGAUUUUUGGACCACAAUGGAAAUAAGUGCUUGCACUUUACUGUGUUAUCCAUUUAUUAUGAUGUUAUUGUAUUAUUUUUAUACAGUGUCAUUUUAAUAAUUAAUAAAUCAAUAUCAAUACAAUACAAUACAAUUGAAAUUUGCUGUUUAUUUGACGGCAGCAAUGUAGUGGUUAGCACUGUCGCCUCACAGCAAGAAGGUCCUGGGUUUGAGCCCAGCAGCCGACAAGGCCCAUUCUGUGUGGAGUUUGCAUGUUCUCCCCGUGUCUGCAUGGGUUUCCUCUGGGUGCUCCGGUUUCCCCCACAGUCCAGAGACAUGCAGUUAGGUUAACUGGUGACUCUAAAUUGACCGUAGGUGUGAAUGUGAGUGUGAAUGGUUGUCUGUGUCUAUGUGUCAGUCCUGUGAUGACCUGGCGACUUGUCCAGGGUGUACCCCGCCUUUCGCCCGUAGUCAGCUGGGAUAGGCUCCAGCUUGCCUGCGACCCUGUAGAACAGGAUAAAGCGGCUAGAGAUAAUGAGAUGAGAUGACAAUACAAUACAAUUGAAAUUUGCUGUUUAUUUGACGGCAGCAAUGUAGUGGUUAGCACUGUCGUCUCACAGCAAGAAGGUCCUGGGUUCGAGCCCAGCAGCCGACAAGGGCCGUUCUGUGUGGAGUUUGCACGUUCUCCCCGUGUCUGCAUGGGUUUCCUCCGGGUGCUCUGGUUUCCCCCAUAGUCCAAAGACAUGCAGGUUAGACUAACUGGAGGCUCUAAAUUGACCGUAGGUGUGAGUGUGAAUGUGAAUGGUUGUUUGUCUCUAUGUGUCAGCCCUGCAAUGACCCUGCCUCUCGCCUAUAGUCAGCUGGAAUAGGCUUCCAGCUUGCCCAUGACCCUGCACAGGAUAAGCGGUUACGGAUAACGGAUGAAUGGAUAUUUAGUUGACUUUUUUUUUAAUCAUAUCCUUUUCAUUCUAACCUGGAAUUACACAGUGACUGUGGACACAAAUGAAUACUUUUAUAUUUUGCCCAGAAAUAAUCUACAGCAUUUGUGUGUAGUCUGUUGUAUAUUAAUGUUUAAAAAGACUACUGUGUAAAUGCAGUGAUUGAGAUCCAGAAAACAGUAUUAUAUUGUUAAAAAAAAAAGUGAAAUAUUGGAAAAUGUACACAAAAAUCUGUGUGGAAAACAUGAUUGCCUUACAUUUCGUGUGUAACUUCAUAUACAGGCUUGUUUAUAUAAUAGUCUAUAUGAUGUAUCAAUUUUAGACAAUUACCCUCUAAUAAAGGCAUAUUGUCUUCUAAUACCCAAUAAAGUUGCCUUAUAAAAGUGAAAA